AGAAAACAUUUAGAGAUUUUUUGAGAUUUCCAUUUACACUUUCUAACCACGAAGAAAAGUAGACAGAAUACGACAAACUGUAUCGAAAGCGAACAAAGACAUAUAAAAUUAAUUGCGUAACCAUGCUUUUUAUUGCAUAUUUUCUAAUCUCGUUUUUAAGGGUUUCGUGACUUCCAGAUACCUGCGAAAGGUCAGGUGGGUCAGACAUAAUUAAGAAAGGGCGAGGGUUUUUAAAUUCGAACCCUCGUCGAUUACGUUAUUUGAGUGGAAGCACAAGCUGGUCAUGGCGACAACAACAAUGGCAGAAGCGGCGCCUACAUCCUGCUCCUAACGGAAAAGGCCAGUCAUAGGGCCACUGAAGGGGCAAAAAUGUAUUUAGCAUUUUGAGAGUUUCUUUGGGCAAAAGAAGUCCUGAAAAAGGUUCAUCAGAAGGAUCAUUAGAGCCCUAGCUUUAUACAAUGAACUAUUGUUCUUUGAAGAGAUAGUUUUCUUUGGAGAAAAUGCCACCUGCACAAUACUUCCAGAGUCUGAAAACUGCCUUUGAAGCCACUCGGCAAAGUACAUUUCAUAGUCUAGAACUUAAGGAAUCUGCAUGUGGUUGGCUCAGAAGAGGGAAUCUGCUAUCAUUGGAUGUUCCUGUUCUGUAUUCUUCUUGUGUGGAUAGUUUUCCAUCCAUUGCAGGAUUUCGCAAUCUAUGCCGAUCAAGGCAAUCAAAUACAUGUGUUGACCAAACAGUUGAUCAAGGAAAGGCUAUCACCGUUUCAGAAGCUCUCUCUCGGAUGUUUGCAAUACCAUCUGUCUCUGGUCCAUCAUUGCAAGCUUGUGAAUAUCACGCCAAUGUUUUUCUUGUUGGUAAGAGUCCUCUAUCAUCGUCAAAGUACUGUCCGAAAACAAUUUCAGCAGGAAAGCUUUUGGGGAGAGUGAAGGGUUAUAAUAGUAUCAGCACGGUUUCAGAUGUGGGAAUUGUGCGUCUUAAAGGUUUUCUUCAUUUCCAGAGGCAUAAUGAGAAUGUCAGCUUUAGCAGGGGUCUAAAAAUAGCUUCUUUUCAUAGUGUUGGAGGGAAAGGUAACUCUGGUGGAAAUGGAGGUAAAUCAGAUAACCGAGGACGUUCUGAAGUGAACCUGAUCUCUGGUCUACUUGCAUUUCACAUUUUCAGAACAGGAAGCUGGUUUCACUGGAUAUGGACACCUAGGGUAAAAGAUUUUCACAGCUCUAGUGCUUUCUUUAACACAGCUCGAGUAGUUCAGGAUGUGCCUUUCACCAGUUGUGCUAAGGACGAUAAUCCGGAAGAUUUGUCUAGUACUUCAGACCAGGAUCUUCUUGGUGACAGAGUAUUGAAACUGCAAUCAGGUGCAUGUUACCUCCCACAUCCUGAUAAGGAGGAAACGGGUGGUGAAGAUGCUCACUUUAUAUGUACAGCUGAACAGGCUAUUGGUGUUGCUGAUGGUGUGGGAGGAUGGGCUGAGAUGGGUGUUAAUGCAGGUAUGUAUGCCCGUGAACUAAUGGCUCAUUCUGUGGCUGCAAUUCAAGAGGAACCUCGAGGUUCUGUUGAUCUGUCAAGGGUAUUGGAGAAAGCUUAUGUAAGUACAAAAUCCAGGGGAUCAUCAACAGCUUGUAUGUUAGCCCUUUCUGAUCAGGGUCUUCAUGCUGUCAAUUUGGGGGAUAGUGGAUUUUUAGUAGUGAGGGAUGGAUGUACAAUCUUCAGAUCUCCUGUCCAGCAACAUAACUUCAAUUUCACAUUUCAACUUGAAAGUGGAGGUGGUAGUGACCUCCCAAGCUCUGCACAGAUGUUCACCCUUCAAGUUGCUCCAGGAGAUGUAAUUAUAGCUGGUACAGAUGGGCUCUUUGAUAAUCUAUACAAUAGUGAAGUAACUGCUGUGGUAGUUCAUGCUGUAAGAGCUGGUCUGGGGCCACAGGUUACUGCUCAAAAAAUUGCUGCACUGGCAAGGCAGCGAGCACAAGAUAAACAUAGACAAACUCCCUUUUCUACUGCUGCCCAAGAUGCAGGUUUUAGAUAUUAUGGUGGAAAACUGGAUGAUAUUACUGUUGUUGUAUCAUAUGUUGCAAGCUCCAAUUCUAACCCAGAAGAGUAGAAGAUUCCUUGGAUGGUUUAUCUUACAGUCUAUUGCCAAGGCUUGAGAAGAUAUUUACUUAUCUAAAUGUUUAUGCUGUGUUCUGCAAAUUGUGUAAAUUGUGUUAUUGCAAAUAUAAGCAUUUCUCAAGUACUGAGUAAUUUGCCUAGAGCACAAUGCAUCAAGUGGUGGGAAUGGUCAAGAAAAGGGAAAUUUUUUCUAAUCCCAAGCCAUUGAAGGUUAACCCUAUUGAUUGCAUUGAUGUAAAGUUCCAGUAAUGGGUACGCAUAUCAAAAUGGUUAAUUUUGGCAUAUGUAAAGCAUUUACUAUCACAUUCUCGUUUGAGGGUAAAAAGGCAGGUUUAGUAAUGGUAGAAUUGUUUUUGGUAUGUUCUAGGAAUGUAUCUAAGCACAAGUAGUUGGAAACUUGGAAGUAACCGCAAAACAUGGACUGUACUAUAUUUAUUAUUGGACACUACAAGCAAUUCGAUUUAGAAAGAGUAUUUUGUACA